ACAGCAGUUAGUUAUUGUAAUAAGAUUUGUGUUAUAUAAAUUCGUAGUGGUUUCAUUUUAAUUUUUUUUCGCCAAAUAAGACUGUCGUGACAGCACUGCAACUGAAAUGAAGAUCCCAUCCAUGCAUCGAGACUUGAGAUGAGCAUUGGAGUUGAUUACAUAAAUUUAUUGGCAAACUGGAAUCACUACACCCAGUCCAUUUGUGGGAAUAGUUACCUCCGGUCAUCUUUAUGAAUUACCCUUGAAAUUGAGCUCAAUAAAAAUUUGCAGUGUUUUUUGUGUAUCACACAAAAUCGAUAGACACAUCAAUUCGUAUUGAUAGUGUAAUUGUAUUUUUACAUUUUCACUAUCGCCACCGUCACCGUCGUCACCUUCACCAUCAGCAGCGACCAUCGCAAUCACCACCAAAACCACCAAUUCGCCAAUUAAUUGUUUUUGUUCAAAAUGUCAUUCAUUAAUAAGUUAAAGGCAACACCAUUGCCGCCAAUCAAAAAUAUAUUAAACGUGGCCAUGCAGACAGCUCGUCAACACAUUCCGGAGAAAAAGGAUUACGAGCAGCCAGGCAGCAAUACAACAAGAGCAACAGCGCAGCAAAAUUUCAAUUCCCAUCCGCAAGGAAUGAUUCCUGCAGGAGCGGGCGAAGGCCAAUACCAAGCCCAAAUUGCUGAAAACCCGACCGAACUGAAUCCUUUUCGCAAUCCAAAUGGAUGGAUGGACACAGACAAUGGCGAAUGCAAGAAUGAGGAAUAUCAGAAUACCUCCUUUAUUGCAAACGAAUAUGACGGAAGAUAUCAACAAACAGAUGGAUUUAGGCAAGCAAGUGUUGCUUCGGACGGCAGCUCAUUUGUGUGUGAAGGCGAAGGUGGCGGUGGCACAAAUAUCGACGAAUAUCAGGCCGCAUGGAAUGUUACUAAUGCCAUUCAGGGAAUGUUUAUCGUCUCAUUGCCGUUUUCAGUGCUGCACGGAGGUUAUUGGGCCAUCAUAGCAAUGGUCGGCAUUGCUUACAUCUGCUGUUAUACGGGAAAAAUUCUAGUGGAGUGCUUAUACGAACCCGACCCCAACACCGGUCAAAUGAUACGCGUGCGCGACAGCUACGUUUCGAUUGCAAAGGUCUGUUUUGGCCCAAAACUAGGCGCUCGUGCUGUUAGCAUCGCGCAACUGAUCGAACUACUUAUGACUUGCAUUCUUUAUGUGGUUGUGUGUGGUGAUUUAUUGGCAGGCACUUAUCCACAGGGCUCGUUUGAUUCGCGAUCUUGGAUGUUGUUCGUAGGCAUAUUCUUGUUGCCCAUGGGCUUUCUGAAAUCAUUGAAAAUGGUAUCCACUCUUUCGUUCUGGUGCACCAUGUCUCACAUUGUGAUCAAUGCUGUAAUUCUAGGUUACUGCAUAUUACAGAUUACAGAAUGGGGUUGGUCGAAAGUACGAUGGAGCAUUGAUAUGGAGAAUUUUCCCAUUUCAUUAGGUGUCAUUGUCUUUUCAUAUACUUCCCAGAUAUUUUUACCGUCUCUCGAAGGAAGUAUGACCGAUCGUUCGAAGUUCAGCUGGAUGUUAGAUUGGUCGCAUAUAGCAGCAGCGAUUUUCAAAGCCGGUUUUGGGUAUAUUUGUUUUCUAACUUUCCAAGAUGACACACAACAAGUAAUUACAAACAACUUGCACUCGCAAGGUUUUAAGGGAUUAGUGAAUUUCUUUUUGGUAAUAAAGGCAUUGCUGAGCUACCCAUUGCCAUACUAUGCUGCAUGCGAACUACUCGAACGAAACUUUUUCCGCGGACCACCCAAAACGAAAUAUCCCACAAUAUGGCACCUGGAUGGGGAACUAAAAGUUUGGGGACUGGUGUUUCGAGAAGGCGUGAUAAUUUCCACAGUUUUGAUGGCGAUUUUCAUACCGCAUUUCUCUAUUUUGAUGGGAUUUAUUGGCAGUUUUACGGGAACGAUGCUGAGCUUUAUUUGGCCGUGCUAUUUCCAUUUGAAACUGAAGGGUCAUCUAUUGACCCAAAAGCAAGUUAUAAAAGACAAACUCAUCAUCGGUCUCGGUGUCGGUUUCGGCGUAAUAGGCAUUUACGAUUCUGGCAAUGCAUUAGUCAAUGCCUUUCAAAUCGGAUUACCAUUUUAAAGGGGAAACUAUUAAGGAAAAAUGUAGCAGGAGCGCAUGGCGGCGACACAUCCAGAUUCUGUAGGCUCAAAAGUACGUGAACAAAUAAGUAGAUCAUUUAACAUAAGCAGAGCAGGCAAAUACGGAUGUUAGGAACCACAAACAAAUACUACAGUCUACGAUUAUGGCAGUUUUGGCGUUAAAGAAAAAGGAUAAAUAACAGUCGUUUUUGUAUUUCAUGUAAUUAUAAUACCAAAUAUUAUGCGAUUCAGUUGAUUCAUAUACAUUUUUGCAAAUUUUGUUGCAUACUUUAGAUGUUUAAGUAUUGAAAAUAUGAAGUGAAAAUGAUGUCUUCCAAAAGAAUGUGCGUGGCAUUCUACAAACAACAGUCUACAAUAUUAUACUGUAUAUGCAGGUGGGGUGUAUCCACCCUAUACUUCAUAAUAUGAAAAAGUGUAAUGUGAAAAAUGUCUUCCAAAACGUUUUAAUUAAGUAUAUAAAUAAUAUUUACAUAAGGACAAUACGCGUGCACACUCUUGCAUACUUAUAUCUGUGCGUAGUUUAAGAAUAAUGUUGAAACAUGUCUUCCAAGAUACUUACGUCUGUAUAUCAAAUAAAUAUAAUAGAUAGAUACUUAUAUACAUACAUGUACAUGUAUUAUAUUGUAUGGGUAAUUUUUUUAAUGUUCAAAUACAU